AUGGGAACGGGAACGGGAAUCUGGGCCAUUGAUUUCGCGGAUAAAUUUCCGCAUGCAGAGGUUAUUGGUGUCGACUUGAGCCCGAUUCAACCUGAGUGGGCGCCUCCGAACUGCGUUUUCGAGGUUGACGAUCUGGAAAUGCCAUGGACCUGGACUGAGCCCUUUGACUUCAUCUACUGCAGAAGCAUGGAUGGCGCACUCGCAAAUAAGGAAAGGAUGAUUAAGAAAAUCUACAAUGGCUUGACUCCAGGAGGUCAUCUUGAAGUCGCUGGACUCGAAUUGCCACCUGGUUGCGACGACGAUUCGGUCCCAAAGGACUCUGACUUGUGGAAGUGGCACAAGCUGCUGCAAGAAGCCGCGAUAAAGAUCGGGCGGCCGCUGGAGAGUCUGGCCCACAAUAAGGCGGACCUGGAGGAGGCCGGCUUCAUCAACAUCGUCCGUAAAGACUACAAGCUGCCUCUCAACACCUGGCCCCAAGAUCCCCAUCUGAAGAAUUUAGGGCAGUGGCAGUUUGUCAACCUCAACAUGGGCCUCGAGGGACUGUCUCUCGCCCUUCUCACCCGUGUGCUGGAAUGGUCCAGGGAAGAAGUUCUCGCUCUGUGUGCGGGCGUUCGGAGGGAUUUGAAGGACAAGAGGAUGCACGCUUACUGGAAGAUUCACGUUGUUUAUGCGCAAAAGCCCGAGGAUGCUCCCGAUUCUGAACACUCCUCGGAAGAUUGA